CGGGGCGGUCGCCGCCGCCGCCGCCGCCAGCGCCGCGGCGGACGAGUCGUCGGACAGCGAGCCGGAGCAGGAGCCGGGCUCUCCGCAGAAACUCAUCCGCAAAGUCUCCACGUCCGGGCAGAUCCGCCAGAAGACGAUCAUAAAAGAGGGGAUGCUGAUGAAACAGACCAGCUCCUUCCAGCGCUGGAAGAGACGCUAUUUUAAGCUGCGUGGACGAACGCUCUACUAUGCAAAAACUGCAAAGUCCAUUAUUUUCGAUGAGGUGGAUCUGACAGAUGCCAGCGUGGCAGAAUCCAGCACUAAGAAUGUCAACAACAGCUUCACGAUUAUCACUCCAUGUCGGAAGCUCAUUCUUUGUGCUGAUAAUAGAAAAGAGAUGGAAGACUGGAUUGCAGCACUGAAGACUGUACAGAACCGCGAACACUUUGAGUCUACCCAGUACAGCAUGGACCAUUUCUCAGGGAUGCAUAACUGGUACGCCUGCUCACAUGCUCGGCCAACAUACUGCAAUGUGUGUCGGGAGGCAUUAUCUGGAGUCACAUCACAUGGGCUCUCAUGUGAAGUGUGCAAGUUUAAAGCCCACAAGCGUUGUGCUGUGCGAGCAACCAAUAACUGCAAAUGGACAACUCUGGCCUCUAUCGGGAAGGAUAUCAUUGAGGAUGAAGAUGGGAUCUCAAUGCCACAUCAAUGGUUGGAAGGAAACCUGCCUGUGAGUGCCAAGUGCACUGUGUGUGAUAAAACCUGCGGCAGCGUCCUACGUUUGCAAGACUGGCGCUGCCUCUGGUGCAAAGCCAUGGUACACACAACGUGCAAAGAGUUGUUGCCAACCAAGUGCCCUCUUGGGCUGUGUAAAGUAUCUGUUAUCCCUCCUACUGCUCUCAACAGCAUUGAUUCGGAUGGUUUCUGGAAAGCUACUUGCCCCCCUUCUUGCACAAGCCCCUUGUUGGUCUUUGUCAAUUCAAAAAGUGGAGAUAACCAGGGAGUAAAGUUUCUACGAAGAUUCAAACAACUACUGAAUCCAGCCCAGGUCUUUGACCUCAUGAACGGAGGACCUCACCUUGGUUUACGCUUAUUCCAGAAGUUUGACACUUUCCGGAUUCUAGUUUGCGGUGGGGAUGGAAGUGUUGGCUGGGUUCUCUCCGAAAUUGAUAGCCUCAAUCUUCACAAGCAGUGCCAGCUGGGUGUACUGCCCCUGGGAACAGGAAAUGACCUUGCUCGUGUGUUAGGCUGGGGAUCUGCUUGUGAUGAUGAUACCCAGCUCCCACAGAUCCUGGAGAAGCUGGAGAGAGCCAGUACCAAAAUGCUGGAUAGGUGGAGUAUCAUGGUGUAUGAAACAAAACUCCCUCGCCAGGCCUCCACCUCUACAGUCACUGAAGAUUUCAGUGAGGAUUCAGAGGUGCAGAAGAUUCUCUUCUAUGAAGACUCUGUGGCUGCUCAUUUGUCUAAAAUUUUGACUUCUGACCAACACUCAGUGGUCAUCUCCUCAGCUAAGGUGCUUUGUGAGACAGUGAAGGAUUUUGUGGCUCGAGUAGGCAAGGCCUAUGAGAAAGCAACAGAAAGCUCGGAGGAAUCAGAGGUCAUGGCCAGGAAGUGCUCUGUCCUGAAGGAGAAGCUGGACUCCCUGUUGAAGACACUGAAUGAUGAAUCUCAAGCAUCUUCAUCUCUGCCAAACCCUCCUCCUACCAUUGCAGAGGAAACAGAAGAUGGUGAUGGGUCAGGCAGUGCUUGUGAUUCUUCUAGUGAUCGGUCCGUGGGAUCAUCAUGUACUGCACGGCCCCAGAUAUUUCGUCCCCGGGAACAGCUCAUGUUGAGAGCCAACAGCCUGAAAAAAGCCAUUCGUCAAAUUAUAGAGCAUGCAGAAAAAGCUGUGGAUGAGCAGAAUGCCCAGACCCAGGAGCAAGAGGGCUUCAUCCUUAGUCUGUCAGCUUCUGAAGAGGGUAAGGAGCUGAGGAAUGAGGACAAAAUCUCCCUGCAGUCAUCAUCGCACAGCAGCAGCUAUGGAGUGUCCAAAGGGAGGAGCCAGCGGAAAGUGUCCAAGUCUCCUUGUGAAAGACUAAUAAACAAAGGAAGUUUGUCGCUGGGCAGCUCUGCAUCUCUUCCUCCCCAGACAGGAAACCGGGACAACUUGCCAAUGCUGAACACAAAGAUCCUCUACCCAAAUAUCCGUGCUGGCAUGUCUGGGUCUUUGCCUGGGAGCUCUGUCAUCAGCCGGUUAUUGAUUCAUGCUGAUCCCUUUAACUCUGAGCCUGAAAAUCUUGAAUGUUACACAGAGAAAUGUGUCAUGAAUAAUUACUUUGGAAUUGGAUUGGAUGCGAAGAUUUCUUUGGACUUCAACAACAAACGUGAUGAGCAUCCAGAGAAAUGCAGAAGUCGUACUAAAAAUAUGAUGUGGUACGGAGUAUUAGGGACGAAGGAGCUGCUACACAGAACAUAUAAAAACCUGGAGCAGAAAGUCUUACUGGAGUGUGAUGGGAGACCCAUCCCUUUACCCAGUCUUCAGGGAAUUGCUGUACUCAACAUUCCCAGCUACGCAGGAGGCACAAACUUCUGGGGGGGUACCAAGGAAGAUGAUACAUUUACAGCUCCCUCUUUUGAUGACAAGAUUUUGGAGGUGGUAGCAGUGUUUGGUAGCAUGCAGAUGGCAGUGUCACGAGUGAUAAACCUGCAGCAUCACCGGAUUGCACAGUGUCGGACUGUGAAGAUAGCAAUCCUGGGAGAAGAGGGGGUUCCUGUACAAGUGGAUGGAGAAGCCUGGAUCCAACCUCCAGGUUAUAUUUGGAUUGUUCACAAGAACAGGGCACAAACACUGACACGAGACAGGGCAUUUGAGAGCACCCUGAAAUCCUGGGAGGACAAACAGAAGUGUGAGUUGUCACGACCCUCCUCUUUCUCUCUGCAACCAGAGAUCAUGUCUGAAGAAGAGUCCACCCAGAUCAACCGGUUUGGCCAGGCUGCAGGUGCUCUGAUCCACAGCAUUCGGGAAAUAGCACAAUCCUAUCAGGACAUGGAACAGGAGCUUGCCCAUGCUGUCAAUGCCAGCUCCAAGUCUAUGGACAAAGUCUACGCUAAAUCCAAGUCUACAGAGGGUCUGAACUGCAGCCUUGUUGUAGAGAUGGUGAAUAAUGUCAAAGCCCUGCAUAAUGAGACAGAGCUGCUGCUGGCAGGCAAGAUGGCGCUGCAAUUAGAUCCUCCACAGAAGGAGCAGCUACAAGCAGCCCUAGCAGACAUGGACCUCCAGCUGAGGAAGCUGGCAGACAUCCCUUGGCUGUGGCAGCUCAUGGAGCCCUGUGAUGAGGAGAACCAGAUGCUGGAUUAUUCUAAACGCAGCCGCAGUGGCAAAUUUCGGCUGGUGACCAAGUUUAAAAAGGAGAAGAACAACAAAAAUAAGGAGGCUCAUAGUAUCAUGGGAUUGCCGGUUCACCUAUGGGGAACGGAGGAGGUUGCGGCCUGGCUUGAGCAUCUCAGUCUUUGUGAGUAUAAGGAUAUCUUCAUCCGGCAUGACGUCCGGGGCUCUGAGCUCCUGCACCUCGAACGGAGGGACCUCAAGGAUCUGGGUGUGACCAAAGUGGGUCACAUGAAGAGGAUACUGCACGGGAUCAAGGAGCUGAGCCGGAAUACUCCUGCCAGCGAGGUUUAGCCUCUGUUUUCACAGCCUGUGUCUACCAUUCCCCCUAACUGCACAGCAGUCACAGUCUGCUCACAGAGCAGAUGUGCCCACAAUUGUGUCUACUGAACAGCCAAACUAGCUGUUCAGAGUUCAUAUCAACUAAGCGUGGUGCUACCUUUUUUUUCCUGUGGGGUACAGCUGCAUCCAGUGAGAGGCACCUUAUCUGCACACCCGUGGAGCCUCCUAGAGAACUCACUUGUUUGAAGAACCACGUCCUUGUGUGUGGGAAGUUCUGGUUCCAGUGACAGUGCAGGACUCCUGAGAAUUGCAACACAGCUACCUUUACUGGAUAAUUUCAUCACAGUAAAAUUAUUCAGUGCAAAAGAUAUAUUGGCCAGUCUUAGUUCGGGAGCAUCUGGCAGUCUUUUCAGACCCCAAACUUUCCCACUCAUCUGUGUGUCACACCUGUAUCUUAGAGCAUUUAAAUGGGACAAAGAUUGUCCUUGUGUCUUACCGUAAUCCUCUCCUUAAUGCACCUGUGAUUGCAUGUGAUUGCAUCAGAAAUUCAAAGGCAGUGCAGAGCUCCUCUUGCCGGUGAAUAGCCAGUGGUUCUCACUCACUUAUGCCUUGCAACAAACAAUGCAUGUGGUUAAAAUAGCCUUUUGCACCAGCAUGCUGUCUUCCGCUGGGCCUGGCUCUCCCCUCUUUCAGCCAGUGGCAAUGGUACAACCUCUAGGUUUUCAGGCAUUACAAACAAUUGUUCAGAAAUUCUUGAUGAUGAGAAAGGACAAAAUUCUGGAGAGCCAAAAGGUUACAGGAAAUCAGCUCUGACAUUCCCCCUUUUGAAUUCAUCUUCAGGAGACCACGUGAAAGGGAGAGGAACAUUACCUCGCUGUUUGGGCCAUACAAGAAGUGUAAAGUAAUGAAAUGAGAUACAGAACAACUCUCUCUGCCUUGAUGGAGGGAUGCAGCAUGACUGGCAAUGGCCAGGAGUGGCUUACUGUCCGUUUUGCGCCGUCAUCAUGGACAUAGACAACAGGGCUGUUGCUGUGCUUCAACUUGUAGUGCAUAAAAUUACUUUUGGGACAAAUGAUACAAUCUAUCCAUGUUACUGCAUCUUUUCACCUGUAUUGGUUCUUGCUGCUUUUCUCUCUUGCCCCUCUUUCUCUUGCUGCCUUGCUCCUUUACUCCAAGGUGGAUGCCAAAAAAUCAGGGUGCCUCAGUCAUCCUGGGUUGGACUCCAUGAGAGACGUCAAGCUCUUGGGGAAUGUCAGGGCUCCUGCAAGAGCACUGAGGGAAGGAGGAUUGUUAGAGCAGAUGAGCAUCAUGAUGAAAACUGGUGUAUGUUGGUAAAUAGCUUUUGGUGCCACCAAAAGUGGAGUGUGGAAAAAUCAGUGCCUCCAAAUCAGAGUUCCUAGAUGGCCUUCAAAUUUCCACUGUAUUGCCUGACCCGAGUUGGGUGACUGUUAAAGCCCAAAGACCAGCAAAUACAUAAUUAUGUUGCCAUAUUUAUCAUUGCAGAGGGAGUUCAAGAGCUUUCAGUGCUGUAAAACUUGGAGAGACAGCAGGAGUGUUUAAUUACUUUGUAGUUUUGUAUGUAUUUAUUUUUUUAUGACUGUUAUACAGUGGCACUUGUCUGGCUGCACAUGCAGACAAAGAAAUGGCCGUGUAUACAGUGGCAUAGAAGUUAGUUUCUUGAAGACAUCUUUUUUCUCUUUUAUUUGAAAGGAUUUUACCAAGUUGACAUCAGCUCUGUAGUAUAAAAACAGUCAAGGUAUUUUGUGUAAAAACUUCUCUGCUUUUGAAGAUUAUGGGGGCUUGUUUCAUCCUUGGCAAACUCUCUUGCAUCCUUGAAGAUUCCUCCAAGGAUUAUUCUGGUUCUCCCUAUCUGUUUUUAACUAGUUGCCAUUCAUUUAUGCCUGUCUUCUUAGCCUAACAACUGUCAGGGUUUGCUCAUGAGAAGUUGACAGAAGACUAAUGUGUUUGAUUUGUCUAGCAAAUAUUCUGGUAUAAAUACUGUGGGGAGUGAGCAAGAAAAAUGUUCAGCUUUGCCCCAAGUUUGUUCCUUCUUAUCUAUACCUUAGCGACUGCUUCUGUAGCCAUAUUUGUUUUUCUUUACCAGUGCAGACCCCCCUCUCUGUGUUGAGUUCAUGGGGGAUUAAGCAAGUAAGAAUCAUAGACAGAGAGUAUUUUCCCAUGUAUUUGUUGAGAUGCUGAUCAGUGUCUGCUUGAGAAUGAGGAGAAACCUCUGCUAAGGAGAGCUCCAGGCCAUAGCCACCCUCGCUGGGGACAAGGAGCUGCUCCCUGACUGAGGAGCAUGUGCGGGUAGGGUGCACGUGUGUGUCCACCCGGCAGCAUGAGGCUGGGGACAGCUCUGGAGAAGGGGCAAGAUCGGUGUGUGAUCCUUUACACUGCAAAGGAAACACCGUUCUUGCUGCGAUGCUUCUCCCAGGAACCUCAUGACUAAAUGUGCAAAACCAAUAUGCACUUACCUUGCUUGCUUAUUCCUGAGGAAUUUAAUUCUAGCCUCGUUAGAAACAGCUCCUCUCUUGGAGCUCUUCUGACUCCAGGGGGCAGGGGAAUCCAAAGAGCUCUUACAUUCAGAUGUUCCUUAAUCCAUGCCAUAUCUGAGGAGGACUGAAGGUCAUUAGCCAUCUGCUGUAGGUGAUGAUUUCUGCACAGAUCAAUCUUUGUUUCCUUUAUAAUCUGCCUUGUUGCUGUGUUCAGAUCCUUUCUUCUGUGUGUGCACAUUUUAUCAAAACAUUCAUAGCCAGUAUAUCUAUCACUUACCGAAGGCGAGAGGGGAAAGUUCUACCUUCUUUUAAGAGCUAGAAAGUGGGAUCUAUAUUUAACCUGAGUGCCUUUGAAUCUAUGAAGGUUUAUAGCUUAAAGGGUCAUAGCUCUGUGUGUCUCACUGGAAAGAAUACAGAUUUCUGUUGCACAGAUUUUAUUUUUGUCAAAUGUCAGAGCUAUCUGCAAAGCAGGGAGCCAGGUUAAGCUUCUGGCUACGUUACUCUGGGUUGCACUUCUGAUAGCUCGUUGUGGGAGAGACGCAAGAAAACUAAUUGGACAGUAAAAAGUCUUUUGCUGCUUUGCCAAAAAAUGGAGACUCUCCUGCAAUCUCAGGUAAGACACCAGCUUGAGAGAAGCUAGAACUGCACACAUUGUGUACGUGUUUGGUCUUUCAAAAUACGCUACUCCUGUGAAGGCCUUGGGCCACCUUCUGUUUAAUCACCCUUGGCAGCGAUUUGGAAGAAGCGGGGCAGUUUUCUGCAGUGAGCUGGGCGUACAGUUUCCUCUGCUAGGAAUAGUUUUCACUAUGUUAUCCUCCACUCUGGCCCUACUCUGGAAAUUCGCCUUUAAUGGCAGAUUGCGGGCAGUAGCUUACCCCGCGUUAGGCUGGUUUGGUUCGGCGGGGUGGCACGUGCUGGAGGCAAGAGGGAGGCUGGCUGCGGCCCGGGCCGGCCCCCCACAGCGGAGGGGAGCUGUGCCGCUCAGGGCGCGACGUCGUGCCGGGCCGCGGGGGUGCCGGGUGCCGCGCAGCCCCAGCCCUGCCGAGGCCUCCAGCACCCCUCCGGGAACUGCUUCUGCAGCCAAGUCGUACGGAAAGCUCUGCUCCUUGUUUUAGUAUUAUUUAAAGCUGUGCAUACUAUCUAUGUGAUUUUGGAAAAAAGGACUGUUUACACUAAAUAUUUUGUAUCUUAAGAUGUGUGUACUGUAAAAAGAAAAAAGGAAAGGAUGAAAAAUGAUGUUUUUCUACAGCUGUCAGCAGCAACUGCAUGUCUGUAUCGUCGUCCACCAACUGUUGUUCCUCAGGGGUGUCCCCGCCAUUCCUGUGAUCCUGUCAAAAGCAUAGGGAAGCAUUUGAAUCCCUGUACAGUCUUGGGAAGAAGGUUUUGUGCCUUAAAAAUGGGACCUGCUUCCCUCCUAUUUAUUAUGUUAAUUUAUACAGUGAUUACCAUGGAAAUGUCUCUUGUAUUUUUUGUACAUAGUUUACUGUUGAUUGUUGUAAAUACAUUUUUCUUGUAUAUAAAGUAAACAUGUUUCUGAGCUUCCAGUAAAGAUUCCCUGUCACUGAUUUCAUUGUGUGAGCAGGCUGCAGUGCCCAGCUGGGGGGAACCAGCCAAUAAACCUGUGCUGUGAUAAAAUGGCUUCAUCUGAGUUGCAUCAGAAGUUCAGAGCCGUGACUUAGAAAGGGCUUUGUUGAGGAAGUGAAAUGGUAAACACAGCUGCAGAUUAAUUUUGGAGUACUUCGCAUUGGUUUAAUUAGCUUGGAGUAGAAAACAUCGUAUCGUUCAUUUUUUUUAUUAGCUGUAUCUCUGCAGGAAAUGAGAUGCUUUGCCAGUGACGGUUUUACUGCUGCUCAUUCUGGUGAUAGCUCUGCUGUCUGCAGACUACAGGCAGAUGGGAAGAAGAUGCCCCUCAGAAAUUUAGCAGGUGGUGCCGUGCUCUGCAGUGAGAGGAGCCGCUGUUUCUCUGCUGCCGUUUGACUGCAUGGGCCUCUGUGCUUUCGAAUUUGUUGAAGAUAAUACAUACAGCAACUGGAAGAAGUGAAAGCGUGUUUACAAAAACAUGGGAGAAAUGGAUUUUCCAAUAAGAUAGAAGUCGACUGCUGUAAUACGACACCUGCAGACUUGAAACUGAAAGAUUGGGAGAUGUUUGGCUGAGCAGGCUGCAGAUCAGGUUGUGAUCAGAAGUGGUAGAAGUCUUCAUCAAAAUGUUAGUUAUCUUAAUAACGAGGAGGAAAGAAAAGUUACCUCUGCUCACUCACACCCACAGUGCAAUAAGUAGCGCUACUAAAAACUAGCAAAGAAAGAAACAGCAGGAAGAAGAUCUGUUUACUCCUCUGAUGCAGUCCACAGCCAAGCUGGUAAGGAGGGAAAAAUAAAAGUUCCGCACAACAGAGCUCUCCUCAGCAGUGCCACUGAAUCUGAGCUGAGAUCCCUUUCCUGAUGCCAGGGCAGCGCUCUUUCCAGUGAGGGACCCCGGUGGAUGCACUGUUGCCCAGGUAACUUGCUUGGAGUCAGGCACUGUACAGCUCACAGAUAUGCUGCUAUAAGAGCUGCCUUCAAAGAAGGGGAACACACUGAUUUGUGCCAUUUCUGAGGUAUGAAAAUUUCUGAAACAUUGCAUUUUUUCCCUCUAAAAUUUUUAUUAUUCCAAAUUCAUAUUGAACAUCUUGGGUUAAUGUGAUCUAGUUCAGAACAUCAGAAGCUGCAGUGCAUUGGUACAGGCUCCUUGCCCUGCCUCCUCACCCGAGGUGCUAAUGGGGGUGCCAGGAUACCAACCAUUGCACAUGUGCAUGGAGAGGGGCCUAGUUGCCUUGGUUGUUUUGUUGUGGAAACUUUAAGGAAAAGGUAU